AUGCGACUGUUUCCCCCAACUCUCCGUGCAGGCUGCUCUCCCUCUCCCUCUCCCUCUCCCCUCUCCUCCCCUCUCUCACACACGUCCACUCACAAUCAGGUGAAAAUGGCGGCCCAAAGAAAAUUAGCAAAUAACGUAAUAUUGAGCGGUCUCAAGAAACUUAAUUCAAGCAUUCUAUCAGCAUCAACAUGUCCUCAUCUUUUCAUUUCUCGCAGAGGCAUAGCUUCGAAGCUCUUCGUUGGAGGAAUUUCAUUUCGUACCACAGAAGAAGGUUUAUCCGAGGCAUUUUCGCAGUAUGGCCAAGUUAUUGAAGCUAAAAUUGUGACGGAUAGAGUAUCAGACAGAUCAAAGGGUUUUGGAUUUGUAACCUAUGCAUCUGAAGAUGAAGCAGAGAACGCGAUCAAAGAAAUGAAUGGAAAGCCACUAAAUGGACGUGCUAUCUUUGUUGACUAUGCAAAGCCGGGAUCACACUUUAGAGGUGGGAUGCCAAUAGCUAGAGGACCACCCGAACCAGCAUCAGAAAAUUGA